AUGAACGGAGCAUCUAGCAGCUACGAUAGUUAUUACCCAAAACGACAUCAGUACCCAGUCGAAGAACUGAGUGAUGAUAGUUUUGAUCACCUACAACCUCCACCAGUUCAUACAAACACUUCAUCACAUCCUUAUCGCAGCUCUCUGUCACAACUCCCCCUUUUAAACAUUAACGAAGGCCAGAGUCUGCAGCAUUCGCUUCCUCUACCAUUGUUGCCAACAUAUAGCUCCCCCCACCCACAAACCCACCCAUAUCAGUCACUGCUGCGUACACUACUAGAUACAAAUGUUCCAUCAAAACUUGAAAAACAGGAAUCAAGCCAAACAAAUGACUAUGAAUUGUCUGAUUUUUCCCGCCAGCCAACGGAUCGACAACUGGAACAAUAUGGUAAUUAUCGAAACCCAUUUAUUGAAAAUGCCUACCACCAAAGCUCUACAGAUUUACCUGAACGAUCAACAGCUACAGCAAACCCAUUUGUAGUAAAUGAUGAGGAAUUAGCAGCAGUCCCACACCAUAAAAAAAGGGGCCCAGAAUAUGAUUUGGAGAAAAAGAUGAAACGUAAUGAACGAAAUCGACUUCGUACACUUCGAAGCAAACCACGUUUCCAUUACACUAGAUUACCUUAUUUCACCAUGGUUGUAACACUAAUACAGGUUAUUGUGUUUAUUGUUGAAUUAAUCAAAAUGGCUAUACUUACGGGAUCAGGGUUUCAAACUAAACCAUACUUCAAUCCAAUGUUGGGUCCAUCGACAUACUUGUUUAUAAAUAUGGGCGCACGUUAUGUACCCUGUAUGCAUCGAAUCACGGGAAUCACUGAUGAUACAACAAUUUUGUUUCCUUGUGCAAAUUCCACAUCAGAGGAUACAUUUACUUGCUCAUUGAGUGAAUUAUGUGGAUUAUCAGGGUUACCGACAUAUGACGAUGGAACAAAAUAUGCUCCUAAUCAAUGGUAUCGAAUUUUCAUUCCUAUUUUCCUUCAUGCCGGGUUUCUUCACAUUAUAUUCAAUUUGUUGUUACAAUUGACAAUGGGCGCUUCAAUUGAAAGAAAUAUCGGGAUCUUGAAAUAUGCAAUCAUCUACAUUGUUAGUGGUAUAUCUGGGUUUCUUCUUGGUGCCAAUUUCACUCCUCAAGGAAUAGCUUCAACUGGUGCUUCUGGUGCCCUUUUUGGCAUAGUGGCUACAAACAUAAUCUUGUUUAUCUACGCGGGAAGGAAAAAUACCAACAUGUAUGGCACCACUCAUUACAAAUUGUUCAUUUUUUUCAUGAUUUGUGAAAUUAUCAUAUCCUUGGUGUUGGGUUUACUUCCAGGACUUGACAAUUUUAGUCACUUGGGAGGAUUCGCCAUGGGUAUACUCACAGCAGUCUUGUUACUCAAGGAUCCAUUUUGGGUAUAUAAGGAUGGUAUAAUCACAUACUCACGAGACCCAACCACGUGGCAACAAUUUGUCAAUAACUGGAACCCGAUGUAUGCAUAUGAAGACAAGUUGCAAAUUCCAUUUUUACUUUGGUGUGGAGCUAGAGUUGUUGCGUUGGCAUUGAUUAUUGUUUAUUUUGCCCUUCUUUGCAAAAAUUUCUUUAAUGAUAAUUACGACCUGUCUGAAAAUUGCAAGUGGUGCAAGUAUUUCAAUUGCAUUCCAGUUAAAGGAUGGUGUGAUAUUGGUGAAGUUACUGUUACAUCUGCUACAUCUGACCCAACUGGGUCAGCAUCAGAUUCAUCACCUCAUCAGACGACGAUCCCAACUGAAGUAUACUCAACAUCAGUGUAUACGACAACUGCUCCACAAACCACAUCUGGAGGUAGCAAUAGUAACAGUGAUAGUUCUAAUGGUGAGUUUAAACGACAGGUUGAAGCAUUUGAAGUGCCCAAUAGGCAUGAGAGCGCUAAACAAGUAGCUUCUAACGACUUCACACAGCAAGUAGGAGUUGGAGUUGGUUUAUACUUUACGCUAUUGCUCUUUACUGUUGCCUUUAUGAAGAAAAAGAAGAUUAUCUAG